AUGAGUAAAGAAGGUGAUUCCGCGUCUCCGUACGCGCAAAUUUAUAUUUAUUCCGGCCGUCCCAACCCACACUGGAGUUUGUCACUUGAAGAAUGGUCACAACUAACUCGAUUGAUAGCAACAUUACCAAAGUUAGCUGAAAAUGGAAAUGGUCCAUUUGAGUUUCCCGGUCAAUUGGGUUACACAGGUUUUUUCGCACAUUUUUCCAUCGUUUCCAGCUAUCCUGACGUUUAUUACGUUGCUCAGCAUCAACAAGCAGUCUUAUCCAAUCCUGGUGGACAUGUGAUUUAUAAUGAUCAAGAAAAGCUUAUUGAAAAAUGGUUCAAAGAUUCUGCAAAUCGUCAUGGAAUCCCAUUACCAAUUUGA